GCACCAUGCCUAGCCCCUGAAACGUGGCGUUGGGGAGAGAGUGGGAUUCCAUCAGUUCCAUUUUGUGGGCACCGGCCGGCCCUCCCAACCAGGAGGGAUUGUAAAACCUGCGCCGACGCAGCGGUCAAGGUCAUGGAGGACAGUGACUCGGAAUCCGAGGAUGCGACCAACGAGUCGCAGCACGAUGAGGAUGAGAGCGUGGACGAGGCCCCGAUGGUUAGCACCAAGGAUUCGGCGACCGCAUCCCCGGAGGAGCUGCGGGCCCUAGCGGCGAACUGCUGCACGGAUGGGGCGCAGCUGCUCAGAAAGGGCGAGAUGGAGGAGGCACAACAACAGCUCCUCCGCGGCCAGACCUUGCUGGAGCGUGCAGAGGCGGCCUCCAGUGUUAGCAGUGACAAGAAGGCGUUUGCAGUCUUGCAGGCGGAGAUCGCCGGCAACUUGGGCAUUUGCUACAGGCGCGCGAAAGACUUCGACAAUGCCAUACAGCAGCUGCAGCUGGCGCUCCAAUACCACCAGGUCCGGUUGGACGCAGAGAAGGCGGCCCAGUUGGAUGCGCCCGACCUUCGCACCCUCGUUGCGGCACACUUGAACUUGGCCUCCUGCCAUUUGGAGUCGGAGGCGCCCGGGCCAGCGCUGAAGCACGCGUCCAUGGCGGCCCAGAUCAGCGGGCAAGUGCUGAGCAGGACUGGAGAAGCUGGCACGCCAGAACCGACAGAGAAUGACUUCGCCAUGCUGGCGGUGUCCUUCCACAAGGCCGCAGAAGCACACGAAGCUCUCAAGGAGUGGGGCAAGGCGAUCUUUGCCCACACCCAAGCGCGGGAGGUGGUUCAGCGCAGCCUCGGCGCGGCCCACCCCUUGGCGCAGUCCCUGGCACGCUGCCAGCCACGUCCGAACACCGGCAGGUCAGAGUUCCUGGAGAACUACGCCGCCAGCAUUGGAAGGAGCACUGGUUGCCCCUUGCUGCGGCCAGGCAAAGGGCAGAAAGUCUUGCCCACAAUACCUCGAGGAGCGCGAGGGAAGCCGUUGACCUCCGUAGACUUCCAGCUCACAGGAUACCAGAUCCAAAAGGUGGACUUCCCCAGCUGGCCUCCUGAGAGUUCGAGCAACGAAGAGAAGGAGUGGUACGCCAUGGCCCGAGCCCUGCGCCAUGAGGCCCCGCCCUUGCCCAAGCUGGCCGCGAAGCAGGAGCCUGUGGUGGACAACUUCCCCGCGAUUCCUCCUCCCAAAGGCAUUCGGCGAAGCCGACCCAGCUGAACACCAGCACGAUGGGAAUCCCUCGUUUCGGC